AUGGGUAAAGAGGUCCUGUUCUACAUCCUGUACUGCGUGCUCGCGCUCCUGCACAAGGCGAUAGGCGGAUCCGUCCUGCACAAAAUUAAUAUGAAAAAAGAAGGCAACUUCUUCGUAAAAAAGUUUUACAAUAAUGAGCUGUCCAAGACGUUUAGCCAGGAUGACUAUCACUUUUUCCGUUUGGUGUUUAUGAAAUUCCUCACAAAGACAAACUUUCUAAAAAGAAACAUGACCCUGGAUGACGUGGUUAGCACGAUGGAGUACAUCGAAUUUGGGAUAAACCAAAAAAGCGACGAUGUGUAUAUGACCCUGUACAAUGAAAUUAAACGCAUAUCUGAAGAGCAGUAUAAAAUGAUCUACGCAAAAAAUGAAGUGGAUGAAGAAAUCGAAAGGGACAUUCAGAGAGAAAUGCUUAAGAGUGUGGAAAAUGGGAGGCAAAGAAAGAACGUGCUGGAGGUGGUUCCUUUCCCAAAUGAGGAAAUAUAUAACUCCAGCGAAAGUUCCAGGAAGGCCCAACUCCUCCUAGACAUACUCUACGUGGCGAUAGUAGCUAGCUACCAAUCGCUAGAUGAAGCGGAAAAAAGAGACAUGCUCAAGUCCGUGUACGAAAAUACCUUAAACCAGUGGAUGAGCCUAAACUUUUUGCGAAAAAUUAUGCGGUACAAAUUGUCCGCGAAUAAGGACGGCAUACUUAUGUACGUGUCGCUGGAGAGGAAUCCCCCCUCGGGCGCAAACGGAAACGAAAGCGAAAACGACAAGGUAAACGCUGGUGGCCGUGCUGGUGGAGAUGGCGCCACCCCCGAGCAGGAAGACCUUUACACCAUUGAGGCCCAACUGAAGCACAUUCUGGGAGAAUUCCUACGUGCCCUAUACCCCGAAAACCUCGGGUACCCAAACUCCGCCUUCAUAAUUGACAAGCACACCCGGGUAUGCUUGGCCGAGCUGCAGGUUGUGGGCUAUCGAACGGGCAGCGAGUACAAGCUAUGGACUUCACACAGGGGUGGCGUGAUCAACAACUUUGGCCUAACCCCACCAGGUAGAUCACCCACCCACAGUGACCGACACGAUGACGAUGACGAAAGCGACCCCAUCGGCACAGCGGAGGACAUCCCAGAAAAUUACUUCCACGCAGAAACAAACAGGAAUAAAAUUGUAGUGCAAAUUUUAAUAUCCAAUAAGGAGGAAGCGCAAAAUAGGAUCGAAGACGACUCAUGCGAUGUCCAACUGACUGUAGAAAAUGUGUAUAACAUUUUAAUAGACCACUUCUUGUACAAUGAAAAAUUGGGACUGUACUACACAAAGCCAACCUUCCUCAUGGCAAAAUACUUAUUCGGUUACGAUAAAAAUGCUCAAAUGAAGGAUGAAGAAAAAAAAUAUGAAGAUAUAUCUUUGCACAUAUUCCUACUAAUAAAGGGGAAGGUAAAAUUUAGCUUCAAACACGUCCAGAAAUUUCUCCUCAAAUAUACAAAAGAAUUUAAUGCCCUUUAUUCUCUGCAUUUCUACGGAGCAUGCAUAAAACAUAAACACACGGACAUUAUAAAAGUGGUGGGUCAAUUUGGUGAAGGCAUAGACAACAACUUAAUCAGCAACGUGAUCAUAAAAAUGAAAUCGGAAGAAACUGUUGCACACAUAAAAUUAUAUUCCAAGAAAAAAAACACACAAAAUUUGGCCUAUGUAUCCACCAAGGAAAUAAUUAAACAGAUAAAUAAAACCACCUCCUUUAACGUUAUAUAUUAUCUUGUCGACAGAACGAAAGAAAUUCCAGCAUCGGUUAACUGUACCAUUUGCAGGCAUUUUAAAUACCACUAUGUUGUUCUCUUCAUAGCAGCUAUCGUCCCAUCGUUGAUCAUUUUUUUUUUUUUCUUUUUUUUUAUGUACUGUAAAAUAAAGAAAUUUCGCGACAACAAAAAUACCUGCUCCAGUCGCCUUUCCCCAAUAUGCCCCAGUUUCUUUUACGUCAGGACGGCUUCCCAUCGGUAUAGGCGGCUCACCAAGAGAUAUCGAAGAGACAUACUUGCGAAGGGGCCACAGCUCAAGUCGGUUUUGAAAAACGGCUUUAAGGGAGGCAUUCGCCCUAGACGUCAGCACUCCCUCACCCACCGGGUCAGCAUACAUGCGUGA